AUAAUAAUCCAAAUUAUUCAAAUAAUUGAUCACAAUAAUAAAAUUGAUGACUGAAUAAUUCUUAUAAAAAUUAAUCUAUUGCUUUCAUUUAUUUUUUCACUGUNGAAUUCACUACAACUCUUGAUUAAGCCCCUAAUGAUGAAUCAUUUGGUUUGAGAGAUUUAUACAUCUUCUAUGCAGCAUGUGCUAACAAUUGUGCUGAAUGUACAGGACCUAAAGAAUCAGAUUGCAAAAGUAAUUAAUAUUUAUAAUAUUAUAGAAUGUGCUAAUAACUGGGCUUUAGUUGGAGGCAAAUGCUAAGCUUUACCUAACUUUAUUUUAUUAGAAUAAUCUUUCUUGGAAGAUAAAUUCACAGGAAUCAAUGGUUGGGUUCUUACUAAUAAUAAAGCAGGAAGAUAAAUCAAUGAAUGCAGUGGU